AUGGCUUCAACUUCAUCUUUGCAUUUCGACAAACUUCUCUAAAAGCGGGGAGGCCGCUGUAAGAGCAACGGUUUUUUUUCUUUUUAGCAUUUUACGGAUUAUCGGUGCUGUAUUUGCAUGAAGUAGUUGAAUGAACUACGUUUAUAAAGGCACAAGUGCCGCUUUUGCCCAUAUGGUCACUCCUCAUGUGGUGAAGCCCUGUGUCAGUGAAUCACACAGACAUGGAGAAUGUCCAAAACAUUGAGGAUGAGCCGUUUCCCAGCUUCCUUUCAAACGCCUCGCUGGGCAGUAGUGGCCGCACCACUCUCGGCAACGUGACACUGGGCUCUACACUCGGGAUCCCCAUGGCCGCCUCUACCAUGGCUAAAAUUAGACCUCCAGUAGACAACAGAGUAACUGAUGUCCAAGCAUCAUAUUUAGAGGAUGGACAGUUUUCCCAGGGGUCAAAUGGAGGCAGGGAAAAAUUUGUUCUCAGCCUCAAAGAGGAUUUAGACAAUGUAGAUGAAUUCAUUGCUGCGAAUCGGUUCUCUGACCUGUUGGUGAAUGUUAAUUUGGAUGAAACUCUUCCUCUCUUCCUUGGUUCUCUUCCUCUUCGGACUACUGACCUCUCAACUGGUCUUCUGUCAUUCUCUCAUAUUGGAGACAAAGAUACAUUGGCAGCUCAGGUCACUGUGCUCCCAGUGAUGGAGGAGGAAGAGGAGGGCUCCGCUAGUGAAGGGACAGACAGUGAAAGGUACAGUGGCAGCAUCGUCAGCUUCCUGGCCAGUGAGAAAUUGGUGUCUCUGGACAGCAUGAACAGUGACAUAACAGAUGAUGACAUUGAUGUGAACCAGCUCUGUGAUGAGGAACUAGAGCUGUAUUUCAACAAGCUGAUGCCACCUGCAAUGCAGAGAGGCAGAGUAGAAGGACAAGAAAUCCCUGUUGAGUUACCUUCCAGUUUAUCUCAACCCCCCUCUACUGAACCAGAAAGGAACAGACACCAUGAUGUUGACUAUGACCAAAGGGACUUUCACAUGCCUGAUGUGCGUCUGGCAGCCACAGGUAUGGAUUCUUGUCCUGCAAGUGAUGAAGAGGACACAGAGGAUGAACUAGAAGCGUCACAGAACCGGGGCAGAGCAAGAUUCCUCCUACCCAGCACCUCCAGACAACCGGUUGGGGAGAGCCAUCGGCCCCAUUUUCGACCAGGGUUGGAAGGAGGGAGCUCUGAUGAUGAGCUACAGUCGGGAGGGAGGAACCCUGACACCAGGACAGGCAUUGAGCACCGCCGCUCGGCAGAGGGACAGGUCAUCAACUCACCUAUUACUGGUGAUGGAGGAGGAGGAGGAGGAGGAGGAGAUGGGAGUAGUGGGAGUGAUGAGGAGGGAAAUGGAGGCGUAUCUACCAUUCCUUUGCCUCCCACCACAGUCCAGAGCACCUAUGAUGUGCUUCGUGGUCUUGGCAUCGUGGGUGGGAGUGAACAGAUGGGAAAUGAUGAUCAGCUUCAAUCUUUGCUCAGCAGAUCGGGCAUGAUUACACAUGGCCAUAUGGGUGAUCGUGUUGGUCCAGUUGGCACAGGGGAGGCUGGUCAUACUUCUGUGGCAUCUGGACCUGCCAGUCGAUGCCCAGUUAAUUGGAGCAUGAAUCUGGAUCGACAGGAGGCUCUUGAUGCAAUGGAUAACACAGCAGAAGUUCACCUGGACUCUGUAUACUUGAGGGCAGGUGCUGAUCACAACCCUCAGGGCAUUUCUUCCACAAUCAGCCCCUUCCUUCAGGGCACCCAGAGCAGUUUCCACCUCUCUCAGGUACUUCAGGAAUCACAUAAUAAAACAGAGCAAGCGAUCGACCUGGGCCAUACUGUGGAUCUCGGUGCCCUGGGCUUGCGUGGUGGCCCUUGUGGGGAUUCUCCAGUUCUCAAUGAGCAGCAGAGCACCAGCAGUAAAGACGAUCAACCUGGAGAGUCUCUGGAUGCUAGGUACCUUUCCCAGAGCUUUAAUGAGAAUCAUGAAGAACAUGAUGUUUGGAAUCACCAUACAGACAAUGUGGGGCUUGAGUUACAGCAAGGCGCAAAUGCCACUCAAAGUGUGGUCUACCAGAAUGAAGAGGGAAAGUGGGUCACUGAUUUGGCCUAUUACUCUUCCUUCGAAAAGGAAAUGGAAGCAAAUAUGCCUGAGGAAGUUGCUAUGCCGUUUCAGUCUGAAGAUUUUCUUGCUGGAAGCCAGGCCAUGGACAAGAUAAUUGAGGAUCAGAAGGAUUUAACGUCAUUGAAGACCUCACCUCACAAACCCAGGACAACAGGAGAAUGGACAGACAAACCUGCCAUUAACCAGGCACGUUCACCCAGAAACCCUAAAGCCACUCAGUCGUUUUUAAAGGAGAAAAUUGCAGCUGUUGAUGGUCAGGAUUCACUGCCAGCAACACAGGAGAAAUUCGGCUCACCUGAGAGCAGUGCCCCUGGUGUUGUGGAGGUCACCCAUUGUAAUUUCAGACCAUCCACCUCCCCUCUUACCCACUCCAGUCCAAGCCAGGCCUCCAUUCCAAGUGGAAAUGGGGAGACGUCUCCGUGCUCACCUGGUAGUGGGAAGGCUCAUAGGAGUCCUGCUGGAGAUCCUGGUUCCCCUCAGUUUCAUUGUUCAAGCCCAUCCCUCAGCAGACUGACUUAUCUCUCCAUUAAUGAGAACACUUUCAUGCCCACCCCUGAUCACCAUAAGAAAAACACCUCCAUGGCUUUAAGCACCACUAUAAUCAGAGCCAGUCCAACUCCUCCAGUGGAGCCGUUUGAUAAUGGAAAUGUUCUGAGUUCUUCAAAGAGUCCAGAGCCUCUUUGCCAUUCUGAAAUUCCAGGCCUCAACAAAAAGACCUCUGAUCUGGGCUCAGGCAGCCAAAGUGACUUCCAUAAAGACUACGGAAAUAGAUACUCUAAGGGCAACCGCCAAUCUGAGCCGAGGUUGUACCCUCAAGGGGAUUCUGGAUACUCGAGCAAACUGAACAUGCAACAUUCAUCUGGGACAGCCACAGAACAGGCACACCAAGUGUUGCCUGAUGUCUUGGGGUCUGGGUCUAGUUUUGGCGCUGCGGAUGACUUGACAUAUGGGCCAGUACCGAGCUACACCUCUCAGGGUGCCUUGCCAAAUCUUCCCAACCACCUAACAGGGCAUUCCCUCUUCAGUUCCCAACUGGCACAGCAGUAUCUGAGCUUAGAGGGGCCUCUACAUGCUCCUCCCUAUCAGAUAGGUGGGCCAUCUGGUUUGUAUGCUGCAAACCCAUCUAUGGGACAUAUGCUUGUACCUGGGCAUACAAGUCUUCAGUCUGGUUACCUGAACUCCGGUCAACAGCAUCCUCCUCAGUAUCCAGUCAGCAAGACCUAUGGACAGCCAAGUGUUGGGUCAUGGGCUGCACGGGAUCUUGCAGACCUUAGAACUCAAGUGAUGGUUCCAAAUGAGCUGAAGUUUCCCAGUUCUUGCUGUGUGGGAAUUGCUUCUCAGACGUCCCUCAACAUCUUCAACCCUUCUGAGCGCUGGCAGCAAGUUUCAAUCUCCAUCACAAGCCUAUCCAUUGAUGGAGAGAAGGUGGAGUCUCUCCCAUUCCAAUGGCUGAUAGUUAAAAAUAAGACCAUAAUUGGACCCAAAUGUACAGAAGAACAGAAGGUUUUGUUUAUAGCACCAAGGGCUGGACUGUAUCAGUAUACUCUCAGUGUGUCAUCCUGGCCUGUAUCUGCAGAGUCAGAGACUGUGGCGCACGCAGAAGUCUUUGCAAAGAAAGUGGUGCUGAUCGCUGUGGCUGAGAACCCUGCGAUAGAGGUUGACGUUGGAAAGACAGGCUGUCUGGAUUUCGGGGACCUGCCGGGGGGCAGUACCAAGGCCCUGCCGCUCAAACUUGUCAAUGGUAGUCAUGCCACCGUGCCUAUUCGACUGGUUAUCAGUGCGAAUGCAUCAGCAUGGCAUUGUUUCGGCUUCUCUAAGAGCCCAGUUGCCAUGAUCACAGACGGUUCCCUGCAUACUGGCUUAAAUCUGACCUCGCUUUCAACUUCAUCAGUCAUAAACCAUGUGCUGCAUGCCAGUUAUGCAGAGAAUCAAGAAAGCUUCUUGGUGUGGGUUCAUUUCAGUGCACCUCAGAAAUACAUUUCAAGUUCAGGUGAGCUGGGGCCAGCUGAUGAAUACAGUGCAAGGGUGGAUAUUGAGGUGGACAGUCCAGGCCCUAGUCAUGUGAUUCAGAGUGUAGCCCUGAGGGCAAGGUCUGGCACUCCCAGAGUGCAUGCACCCAAAGACCUUCAGACGGUGUGUCUUCAGGCUCCUUUUGGGCAGACAGACAAACAGACGCUUCCCUUAAAGAAUGCAGGCAACAUUGAUGUUCUUCUCAGACUAAAGAGUACUGAUGGGGACAGCUGCUUCACUGUGAGGCCAGAGGAACUGAUUCUGAAAGCUGGAGAGGAGCAGGGUGUAGUGGUCUCCUUUACUGCACAGAAACUCAGGGAGAGCAUGUUGACGAUUCUGGUUCUACCCAGCGGACCUCAGUAUGAGGUGAUGCUGAAAGGAGAGGUGGUCCAGGGAGUUUCUGGGAAAAUAGUAUCCCUACCUGCUGUAUUAUCACAGGCUGAGGUCCCACCCAUCCUCUCCAACAAACAGUUCAUGGCAUGGGGAGGGGUUACCCUGGGCAGAGCCGUGCAACAGAAACUGGUUCUAAGGAACAAUUCACCCACUACAUCACAGCAACUUGGACUUCUCAUCAGGGGUCAAGACCAAGACUGUUUCCAGCUGCAGAGCUCAUUCGGCCCGGAUGAGCGACUGACACAUAACAGGGAGCUGUCAAUCAAACCCAAAGAGGAUGUGACUGUUCAUCUGCUCUUUGCUCCCACCCGUGUUGCAUCCAUGCUGGCUAAACUGGAGAUCAAGCAGUCUGCUGCACGUGCCUCCCAGCCUGGGGUCAAAUUCACUAUCCCUCUGUCAGGCUAUGGCGGCACGAGUAACGUGAUCCUGGAGGAGUUGAGGAAGUGUUCUGACGGCUAUGUGGCCACGCUGAGUGGAGUGCAGGCUGGUCGUGUCUGUAAGCUCUGUGUGUGCGUGCGAAACACGGGUUCACGUGCUGCCUUCGUAAAAGCGGUACCCUACAGCAGUCUUCAGAAUCGAGCUGUCAUGGACUCAACCAUUAUUAGCUUGUCCCCUUCACAGUUUGUCCUGAAAGAGCGAACACAGGAGGUGAUCACAAUAGCGAUGAAGGCUACACGCAGAGAGCAGGCUCUCUGUCAGUCUGGUGCAGCUCUCCUUGCCACUGUCUGCCUCUUCUGUGGGGACGAGGUCUCUCGACAACAGUUCAGAAAGUUACUACAAAUCAAACCAGAAGCAGGGAAUAAAGUACUGUCUGAGAACAGCUUAUUAAAAAGUAUCUACUUUGAUGAAAUGUUCCUUGGAGAGGAGCAGGUUCAGGAGGCCUAUGAUCUGCUUCAAAGGCCAAAUGAAGCUCAGAUUUUCUAUGGCAACAUGAGCAAAGUGAUGCUGUCACUAUUUGGCACUAUGGAAAUGUCAGACUCUGGAGAGAGUGACCAUAUGGAGUCCGUCAGACCUUCACAACGGCACACUUCUGAAUCAGACAGUUCUCCACGCAGCGGCUUGGGGUCGUCGGGCCGCUACAUCAGUAAUGUUUCCCUGGACGUGCUACCAGUCAAAGGUCCUCCAUUAAGUCCAUCAGAACCUGUGCUGAAACAACCAGAGCUGAACCUAGAGAACACCUGGAGCAUCAAGCCUGAACAGCUGGUUCUCACAGCACCCACUUUCAACAGUGCAGCUGACACCAGGCAUGUACAGAUACUAAACCACUCAAACAGAGAGCUGAGCUUUGAGCUGUCCUGGCCAGCUCACUGCCUUACCAUCACCCCACAACAUGGAGUCAUUGAACCUCAGAGCCACAUGCAAAUCCUCAUCAGUCCCAAUCCUUCUUUAGCAACCAAAUCCUCCAUGCUGCCCUGGAGUGGACAGAUCUAUGUACAGUGUGAUAAUCAACAGAAGUCCAUUAAAGUUCAGAUCCGGCAGGAUCUGGCCAUGGAUGUCUCUGCCACUGGCUGUGCCAUGGACUGCUCUUUAUGCCCACUGCCCCCUCAGGCUGAGACCCCUACCGUACCAGGACAGAAACCUCAGGGCAGCAGCACCCAGCCUCAGGUAGAGAUCAAGAACCGAACACUAGUCUUCCCUCCCACCGCCUCUGGAGAGUCAUCAGAAUGUUUUCUGGAGGUGGAGAAUCAUGGAGAGGAGGUCAGAUGGUACCUCUCUUCGUUUGCUCCUCCAUAUGUGAAGGGAGUCGAUAGCAGUGGAGAUGUUUAUCGUGCCACAUACUCUGCCUUCAGAUGUGAGAAGGUAUCUGGGACUCUGGGGAUUCAAGAGAGGAUGAAGGUUCCAAUCACUUUCCUUCCACGUGAUCGGGGAGAUUAUGCCCAGUUUUGGGAUUUGGAAUGCCACCCAGCGGCCAAACCUCAACACAAGAGCCGUGCUCGCUUCCAGUUGUGCGGCACUGGCUUAAGAGCAGGAGAAGCAUGCAGUGUUAAAGAAAAUUACUCAUUGGUGAAAACAGAAGCCACUGUGAAGAACAGGAAGAGACUGGAUUCUGCAGGCUCAAAGACUGGAUCUUCAACUGAGACCCAAAAGAGAGGUGUGUAUGCACCCCAAAGUCUGUACACAUUUCCUGCCACACGAGUGGGUGCCACCAGCACACUGAAGGUUAACUUCAGAAAUAACUCCUCCAACACACAUGAGCUAAAAUUCAUAAGUCCUAAAGAGCCUUUCCACAUCAAGCAUUCAAAUUAUUCUCUAAGAUCACAACACUACAUCAACCUCCCUGUUCAGUUCGUGCCGGCCGCUGCGGGCCAGUUUUCCGGCACGCUGCUCGUACAGACGGACACAGAUGCUAAACUGGCCAUAGAGCUCAGUGGAGAAGCCUUGCCAUAAAGACCUGCUCCCCGCCAGCAGAGGACACUGCAAGACGAAGCUAAUAAUGAACUUUUUUCGUCUAAAUGCUUCGCAAAAGAAUGUUUAACUUUGUGUUUUCCACUACCCUUUAGAUUGUUGACAGCUGUCAUCGUAUAGUUACGGCCUUUUGGAUAAGCACUGUACAAUAUGGAUAUUAUAUAUCCAGAAUCACAAUUUUGUCAUCAUUUUUGGUAUUUUGCCACAGAUUAUCACCUUUGUAUCACUGACGUAAAGUCUAUCAGUUUUUCUCUCAUUUUCUAGGAUUUGUUAUCUUUUGUUCACCCGUUGAUAGAAAUGUUAUCACAUAAUGAAGCUGGACGAAUAUUUUAAAGAUAGAUCUGCAUCACCAUUAGUUGAAAAUUUCACCUUUUUUUUGGUGCGUGUGUGUGUCCUGUGUAUUUAUUUUGAAUCAAUUCUUGAUAAAUAAAAAUUCUUAAUUGUAUUUAUUGGUAAGUUGUCUUUGUCUUCCACUAAUGUGUAUCCUACCUUUACUAUUGAAUUCAUGUCCUUUUUUAUUCCAAAUGAAAAUUAUCUUUGUUCUUGAUCAUUUUAUUAGGCAGUCAACAUUUUUAAAACACCAGUUUCAUAAUCCAUUCAUUUUUUGCUUUCAAGACAUUAGGUUUUAUAAUUUUAUCUGUUAGAACUGUAUUUUUUUCAUUAAAAGAGGA